UUUCGAAACAAUCUCUCUGCCUGGCGGAGAAUUUUCCUUGAAUUGGGACACUGCACCCUACGGUGGCAUUAAAUAAUACAACGAGCAUGACGAGUUGAAGUUAGGAGUUGUGUGGAAAAAAAGAAUUUCACACAGCAAAUGAGCCCGAUUUUGACGAAAAAUGCGGCAUUUGUCAUGAAAUCCACGAGCCUAAAUGAUUAAGUAUUUCAUUUUAUUGGCUAUUUCCUGAAAGUAAAGCAUCUCAGCUUCGUGCUCAUGCAAUGAACUAAGAAAUAUUGUGAAAAUUAUGUGUACCAUAACGAAGGAUGUCGAAAAGUCAAUUUUUUUGGUAUUUUUUCCAUUGAUGUGCAGUGGGAAGUAAACUCUCACAGGCUUAGUUCCCCCAAGGAAACACGUUUUUUUUUCCUAUGAAUAUCUCUCCCAUUAUACCAAAAGGGUUCCACUGUUAUUUUUAUCAUGCAAGAAAUAAGGUAAACAUGCAAAUAUCUGUACUUUCUGUAGCCUUCAAUUAAUACAAAGUGAAUGGAGGGUUGCCCCAUUGCCCAGAUGUGAAUAAGGACAUAAAUGGAAUGAAACAAUUAACCUCCGACCAGACAGGGUAAUCUUUUAGUUGUCAUCAUGGCAGAGAGUGGCAAUCAUGGAGGUCGAGAAGAACUUAUGGCAGAACUGAAAAGACUGGACAUUGAGACAGAAAUAGUGGAACACCCAGAGGUGUUUACAGUUGAAGCCAUGAUGCCUCACCUCCAAGACAUCAGUGGAGUAGUUGGCAAAAAUCUCUUCCUGAAGGACAAGAAGAAGGGACUGUGGCUGCUGACCGCUCGGCACAACCGUGUGGUCAACUUGGCUAAGCUGGCCAAGACAGUGGGGGCACCUGGCGGGUUGCGCUUGGCCGACGAGAGCGUCCUGCAGGAGAAGCUGGGUGUAACGCAGGGCUGUGUGACGCCCUUUGCAUUGUUCAACGACAGGGGCAAAGAGGUUAAGUUCCUACUGGACAGAGAUUUGACAGACAAGGGCCACCCAAGGGUGAACUUUCACCCCAUGACCAAUGUGGCAACCUUGGGAAUGGCCCCAGAUGACUUUCUGAAAUUUGUGAGGGAGACGGGCCACGAGCCCAUCCUGGUCAACUUUGAUGCGUUGGAGUGAACUUGGGUAUUCUGUCAAGUAGCAGCAACUGAUUGGAUUGUGGAAUGCAGUGCAUGAAUAUCAAGCCAAAAACGUGGAAGAACAAAAGGAGCAUGAUCAAUCAUUAUCAGCUUUUAAUCAGACAUAUACAUGUAGCAGGGCUUCAUGAGGAAACAUCAAAUGUCAGAAGCACAAAAACCAGAGUAAAACACCAUCAGCAGUUUGCUUCAAGGACUUGUGCCUUUACAUUUCCUCAGAAAAUUUCUUAAAUCUGCUUUUGGUCAGUGAGACAAAUACCAGAAUUGUUCGGAAAAUGUCCGAUGACUGAGCAUAGCUUCACACUCUUCAGUGACACAGAAUAAGCCAAAGCCACAAUUGAAUUAUUUUAAGUGUUCCAGUUUAUUUUCAUUUUUUUUGAGUUUGUUUUUAAUUUUGGAUGUUGCUUUAGUGUUUUAGUGUAAUCUGAUGAGAUGUGCUUAGAAACAUUUUAAAAUUGUCCAGAUUAAGACUACAAUCUUCUAACAGUUUUUCAUCCCUCCAAAAAUACUGCAUUUCCUUAAAUGUACAUGUACAAAUAUGUACAUGUACGCUGCUCAAUUUUUCCAAGGUUUCAAACAAGUCUUUUUGUCAUAAAGGAGUAUGUAAUGGUAAUGUUGAGUUCUUA